UCUCAUUUUUCAGUUUCUUCAUGUAUUGAUUAUUUUUUUUUAUAUAUUAUUAUUAUGUGUUUCAUGGCGUUGGAUUAACGAUUAAAAGCAAAAAUUUUUUACUCACAAAUACAUAAAAGUUACGUAUACCCGUCUACCCUUGUUCGGAACUAGAACCUAAUGUAUAAUUGCGGUAAACUGGCAAUUGCCCUUUAGAGACCAGACUCAGAGCAUAGGUUUAAUACUUUGUUUUCCCGAAAUUUUAUAAUUAUGGAAGCUAAAGUCGAAGUUAAAGAGGAGUUGGAGGAAUAUGGCCAAAUAUACAUGCCCAGUCAGCAAUCCACAGAAGUAUAUGUCAAAGAAUUGAAGAAGGAUGAACAGGAUACAUAUUCACUUGAAAUGGGAAAUAUGAAUUAUUCAGAGGAGGAGCAUGGAAUGAAUAUUAUGAAAACACCUUUAUCCCUAAAAGAAGAGGAAUCUAUAAGUCAACACUCCGAGGACGUAACAGUAAAUGGAAAUACAGAAAUUCAGACUAUGCAAGGAUCUUACCUAAGUAAACCCAGCGAUUUUGAAACAGCCUUGAAAGUUGAUACUAGAAAAAGACCUCACAAAUGUGAAAUUUGUCUUAAGCAAUUUUCACUACGAAGUAUUUUAAAUAAACAUGUACUAGUACACACUGGAGAGAGACCUCAUAAAUGUGAAAUUUGUCUUAAACAGUUUACUCAGUUAGGUACUUUAUAUAGGCAUAGAAAAGUUCACACUGGGGAAAAAGCAGAAAGACCUUAUAAAUGUGAAAUAUGUUUUAACCAGUUUACUUAUAAAAGUUCUUUAAAUACCCAUAUGAGUGUUCACACUGGAGAAAGGCCGUAUAAAUGUGAGCUUUGUCCUAAGCAGUUUAGUCUAAAAACUAAUUUAAAUAACCAUAUGAGUGUUCAUACUGGCGAAAAGCCUUAUAAAUGUGAAAUUUGUUUUAAACAGUUUACUCAAAAGGGUACUGUAAAUACCCAUAUGAUAGUUCACACUGGAGAAAGGCCUUAUCAGUGUGAAAUUUGUCUUAAGCAGUGUUCUUUUAAAUCUGCUUUAACUAAACAUAUGACAGUUCAUACUGGAGAAAGACCGUAUACAUGUGAAGUUUGUCUUAAGCAGUUUAGUCGAAAAGCUCAUUUAAAUAAACAUAUGAGCAUUCAUACUGGUGAAAGACCUUAUCAAUGUGAAACUUGUCUUAAGCAGUUUACUACCAAAGAUCAGUUAAAUAUACACACGAGAGUUCAUACUGGUGAUACACCUUAUAAAUGUGAAAUUUGUCUUAAGCAGUUUACAGUACAAAGUAGUUUAACUAAACAUCUUCUAAUUCACACUGGAGAAAGGCCUUAUCAAUGUGAAGUGUGUCCUAAGCAGUUUUCCUGCAAAUCUGGUUUACAUCAACAUAUAAGAAAAGUUCAUACUGAGGAAAGACCUUAUCAAUGUGAACUGUGCCCUAAGCAGUUUUUAUACGAAUCUAUUUUAAAUGAACAUAUGAAAGUUCAUACUGGGGAAAGACCUUAUCAAUGUGAAAUUUGUCUUAAGGAGUUUACUCAAAAAAGUUCUUUAAAUACACAUAUGACAGUUCAUGGAGUUCAUAGAGAAACACCUUAUAAAUGUGAAAUGUGUCUUAAGCAGUUUUUGUACCAAUCUGCUUUAAAUGAACAUAUAAAAGUUCAUACUGGAGAAAGGCCUCAUGAAUGUGAAGUUUGUCAUAAGAAGUUUACUCAAAAAUAUCAUUUAAAUGAUCAUAUGAGAGUUCACACUGGUGAAAAACCUUAUCAAUGUGAAAUUUGUCUUAAACAGUUUAGUCUUAAAGAUUAUUUAAAAAAACAUAUGUACAACGUUCACACUGCAGAAAGACCUUAUGAAUGUGACAUUUGUCAUAAACAGUUUAAUCAACCAUAUCUAUUAAAUAAACAUACUGUGAGAUUUCACAGUGGAGAAAAAACGCUUACAAAUGUUGACUUUUCUGAAUGUGAAAUUUGUUUUAAACGCUUUUCUUACAAAUCUGGCUUAAACGAGCAUAUGAGAGUUCACACUGGGGAAAGACCUUAUAAAUGUGAAAUGUGUGACAAGCAGUUUGCUCAGAAAAGUACUUUAAAUAUCCAUAUGAGAGUUCACACUGGUGAAAAACCUUAUAAAUGUGAAAUGUGCCCAAAGGAGUUUACUGAAAAAAGAGGUUUAAAUAAACACGAAAGUACACACUGGACAAAUUUGUCUUAAGGAGUUGUUUCCAAGUAUACUUUAUACAAUCUCAAAACAUAAGUACUGUUCAACAGGGUUUCUCGUGAAAAGAAGGAGCUUAGAGUGUACAGAGUGAGAAAGUAUUCGGCCAGGAAAAGAUGGAAUAGUACGCCUGGUAAUAACUGGCUAGUUAUUAAAAUUUUCACAAUGUUGUCAAUAUGUGGAUGAUCACAGUAAUAUUGGGUAUUUUUAAUAUGAUUCUAUCUAACGACGUUCUGCCGCCAUUUUCUUGUGGUAUCUUAUGCAAUUAACUAUUUUAUUUGGGAAUAAGGCACAAUUUAAGUUUGAAAUUAAAUUUUUAACAUUUCGUGUUCCACUUCAAAAACUGUUAUCAAAAUAUAAAACAUUAAUAAACUAAACAAAACUUGUUUUUGUUGGUUGGUAAAAGAAUUCUUCUAAUACUUUAGUUUUAUUUGACUCAUUCAUAUUGACAAUUCAGACAUAUAUUAUACAUUUUAAAGUAGGUGACUUUAAAAUCAUAUUGCCAAUAUUUAUGAUAGGAAAUUAUAAAUAGUAAAUGGCUAAAGAAAUGAGUUUCAAAUAAUUUAAUGAUUCAAAGAACAAGGAACUGCUUUUUGGUUACGUAUGAUAUACAGUGAAAAAGCUCUACAUGACGUGUAGAUCCAUAAGCAUGUCAAAAAUUUUAAAACAUUGUAUAGAAUAGAAAAAAAAAACAAAAAUAAUGAUCUUAUUAAAAUUUGAUAAUCACACACUAAAAUUUUAAAAAUUUUACAAUAUGUGGAUGACCACAGUAUUGGGUAUUUUUAGUAUGAUAUUUAAAAAAAUGAGUUUCAAAUAAUUGGCACAACAAUUUAAUGAUUAAAAGGACAAGGGAAUGCUUUUUGGUUAGGUAUGAUAUUACAUUUCACAAAAAAACUAUUCUUGAUAAAAAGCUUUGCAUGAAGUUUACAGAUCCACAAUCAGGUGGAAUGGAUUGAGUCAAUGUAUGUUUCGUUCAUAUACACUAUAGGGCGACCUUCUUCUCGAUAAUUAUUAAUAGUUCUUAAGUAAUGUAUGUGAACAUGUGAACAUAUUAAAGUCGUACUGGGAAAAAGUUUAAACAAACACGAAAGUACACACUGGACAAAGUCUUAAGGAGUUUUCUCAAAAAAUAUUUUACAGUACAGACUCUUAUGAAGAACAAUGUUGCCUGCGAUCGGUACUCACCGGAGGGACCGCAGACGUUCGGAAACAAUUAGCGUCUCUUUGCAAAGACAAUGACGUCGACUUUGCAAAGUAACAAGACACUUACUCAACACACACACUACACAUUACUCUCCUGACUUAGUGAUAAGUUAUACAAUUACGUGGCUAAAGGUUCUAGUUCUAAACCAAAGCCAGAAUCAGAGAAAAAAAAAACAAUGUUGCCUGUUCUACACCUCACAGUGGUUCCAAAUCUUGAAAACGUGAUCAUGAGGUAAAAGAAAAUCUCACUAUCUAGGAAUUUUGACGUUGACAGUUGUUUUCUCAUACUAUCGUAGAGUCGUAAUACGCAGGUAUAAAGAUCAGACAGGAUGUAUUCUUAUUCAUAGCUCAGGAACAAGUGAGCCAUGUAGAUACGAUGUUAUUUUGGCCGGUAGUGAAAGUGAAAAAAGAACGCAUUUAUUCAAAAAGCGCUGUAAAACGUUUUGUAGUUUAUCAAUUUUAUCACUGUAAAGCAGAUUCUUUUGCAAGCAUGUAGUUGACUUAAGAUUUGAUAAUAAUCAGUGCAUAAAAUUUGUUGGUGAAUAAACAGUAAAAAUAUACUUGAAAUAAUAAAAAUUUUGUAAAAAUGCAUUCAAAACGUACACAAUUCUGCAUAAUUCUGCGAUUGACGUUUAUUAAUCUCAAAAUGUAUUCGCGGUGUGCAAGUACUUGGAAGGGAAACGAGAAACGACCGUGCGCGAGUCGCGGAGAAAUAUUGCCACAAAUAUUGCUACUAUCUUAAAUAAUUCAUAUUGUCAAUUGAAAUUGUCAAAUUGACGUAUAUUUCAUACCUUCUGUCAUUGAAGCAGAAAAAUUAUAUAUAUGCUCCACAAUAUUGAUAUGAUAUGCAAUUAUUAUACAGAGAGGGGCUAAAUUAUGGAAUAAAUUAAUUUUAUCUAAAAUGGACCACUUUGGAGAAAAAUCGCGAAACAGGUCGAUUUUUAUUUUUAAAUUACAAUUUUUUUGCAUAUAUUUCAUACUAGUGACGUCAUCCAUCUGGGCGCGAUGACGUAAUCAAUGAUUUUUUUAAAUGGGAUUAGGGGUCGUGUGGCACCUCAUUUGAAACGGUGUUCAAUUCUCUAUUCAGUAAUAUAAAUAAUAAUAUCAUUAUUUAUAGAGGGUGACCAAAAAAAUAAUUUUUGAAUUAAAUUAAUUGACGCAAAAAGAAGAAUGUAUGUAAUUUAUUUAACUAAAAAUACAUUGUAUUGCUGUCAGUAAAUAGAAAAAAAUGCUUAUUUCACAAAUAAACAUUUCUUUUCGCUUAAAUUAAAUCACAAACAGCCUCCCACCUACCACUUGGCAGUUUGAACAUUUAAUUUAAGCGAAAAGCAAUGUUUAUUUGCCAAAUAAACAUUAUUUCCUAUUUUCUGAAAGUGAUAGAAUGUAUUUUGAGUUAAAUAAAUUGCAUACAUUCUUCUUUUUUCGUCAAUUAAUUUAAUUCAAAAAUUUAUUUUUUGGCCACCCUGUAUAAAUAAUGAUAUUAAUGUUUAUAUUAUUGAAUAGAGAAUUGAACACCCUUUCAAAUGAGGUGCCACACGGCACCUAUUCUCAUUUAAAAAAAUCAUCGAUUACGUCAUCACGCCCAGAUGAAUGACGUCACUAGUAUGAAAUAUAUGCCAAAAAAUUGUAAUUUAAAAAUCAAAAUCGACCUGUUUCGGGAUUUUUCUCCAAAGUCGUCCGUUUUAGAGAAAAUUAAUUUAUUCCAUAAUUUAGCCCUUCUCUGUAUAAAGGUAAAUUUAAUUAAUUGUAUUUUGUUUGCAGUACUGCAUUUUAAUAACUAAUUUUAUUUACUACAUACAAUUGUUUACGUUUUUAUAACAUAACCUAAAUCUUAUUUUUUCUUCUUAUUAUUUUUUUGGACUAUGGCCUUGACAAUUAUCCAGUAACCAGGACUAAUACAAUUGGCCAAUAUAAUUAAAAGUGCGAAUAAAAGUACAGAGCGUAGAAAUAGGGGUCGCUUUGCCGAACUUGCACGGUCCCAAUAGUAAGAACAUACAGAAUCACAUUAGUUUAGCUGCCUUAACUGCCUGUGCAUUGCUGGUAGUUGUUUUAAUACAAAAGUGUGAAAUGACGCAUAUUGCACGAUUCUGGCGGUUGUUGAGUAUGUAUUGGCUGUUGAACAUAACUUCUAACUAUUGUAUUACAAAAAUAAGUUGUAUUCGUAAUCAAGAAUUUCAAAAGUGUAAUAUAACAUUUAAAAAAAAUGUUUCAAAUAAAAUUUUCGAAUUUCUUUCCGCCAUAUUGGAUCUGUCAUUCUGAUUUUCAAAAAAAUAAUGUCAGAUUUAUAAUCAGUGACUGUAAAUAACCUAAUUUGAAAAAUAUUUGCUUUUGAUUGAUAUUUUCAAAUUUCUUGCCGCCAUAUUGGAUCUGCAAUUUUGUUUAAAAAAAAAAGAAUGUGUGUGUACUUUGUACGCACGUAAGAAGUUAUACUUCUAUUAUAUGAUUUAAACGAAAUUAAUAUACUCUUUAUUUGUAUUUUAUUUAAAUAUUAAACUAAUUUAUACUUACUAUUUCUCAAACAUUUUUAUUAAAACAGUGCCAAAAAUUAAAAUAAUACAAGAAUAAAACACACAGAAACACAUUAAAAAUGCCACAAAUGAUUUCUGAACAUUAAUUGUCGGAAAUUUUUAUAACUAAAUACGUAUUUUCUGAAAAUAAAAUUAUAUAAUAAAUAUACUUACAAUCAUAAAAUGUGUAAAAAAGAAAAAAUAAAUAAAAGUUUCCAUUGGGAUUCGAACCAGCUUUUAUCACUGCGGUUGGUAUUGGGGUUCAUUCGCCUUGAGCGCUUCGCCACGGAGGCAAUGCGUCAUUAUUUGCGAAGAUCGACUAACUAAACGGAUUAAAUUUUUGACAUUUUGAAUUAGGUAAAUCAAAUUAUUUUGAUUUUGAAUUGAAAAAAUACAACAAAACAUAGAGUAAGAAAACAAUAUAUUAGGUGAAUAUUGAUAGAAUUUUUGAUGGUAAUCAAAUUAUGUAAAUAAAAGUAUUACAUACUAAUCAUAGAUACUAUGUAUUUUGGUAGGUUCAAAUAGGUAUACUGUACCUACCUAUGGAAUUUAUUAUUAGGAUAUCGGUACAUUUAACAAUUAUUAUUACGUACCUGUUGCUUUUAAAAACUAUUUAAAAGUCACUACAGUUAUAAAACUUUUUUGUUUCUGUCCUCACAACAAUAAAACUAAUAUAUUAUACAACAUUUGUUUACCUCCAUAUUGAACAAUUAUUUAUUAUUGACAGAUCAUUUCAACAUCCAAUCAGAGCCCGUAUAACGACUAAUACAAUACCAUACUGUCGGUGUGCGCAUGCGCGCGGAUCAACAAUAAAUUCGCCCUCAAUCUCAAUCGCGCCUAAAGAAGUAUAACUUCAAAAAGAAAAAAAUGUCAGGUUUGUAAUCAGCGAUGCCAAAAACUCUUAGCAUUAAAGUAAUUCCGAAGUGUAUGAACAAUAUAGGGCUUUUCAUUCACAGUCAUUUGUUUCGAGCUUCUAUCAUAUGUUGUAUAAUCUGUGUAUAUUAUUAAUAUACACGGAUUAAACGACAUAUGACAAAAGCUCGAAACAAAUGGCAAUCGAUGAAAAGUCCUAUAGGCUUGAAAGGUUCAUGACCACGUUUUCGGCAUUUGGAACCACAGUGCGCCUGUAUAAUACCUUACCUACAUUUAGCUUAUCAGUCGAACAUUUUAAACACCCGUUUAAUUUAAGUUUAAAAUACUUAGAUUCAAAAUAGUAAAUUGUUAGACUGUAAAGUUAGCUUAAAAACAAUAAAAAAUUGAUACCGGGUGCCCACAAAAAUAAUCCAUUGUAGACCUAAUUAUAGAAAAUAAGGUAGAAUACUUCACCAAAACCAAAUUAUAUUAGGUUAUAUAUAAUUUAAAUUACUUAGGUAGCAGUAUGCUGCAGUUAAUUAAAAUGUUUUUUUACAGUUCACUUUCACUUUCGUCAAGAAAAUUAGAAAGGAUCUUUAGUUAAAUGUUACUCACAGGCUAAUUAUAAUAUUCAAAUGCUAUAUCGUUAAUACCCUAUAAAUACCUUUCAUAGUAUCUAUGAAUUAGUUAAAAAUAUCAAAACCGGCAACACUGAGCUCCAAGGUUCCAUAAGAUUUACACUGCCUAUGCUUCUCAUACCGAAAAUUCACUGCGAAACGCGCUAUAGGUUUUAUUAUUGAGCGUUUCACGUUUAGAAGAAAACAUUGCGGAGAUAGCCCCAUGCAUUUCUUAUGAGCGCUAGCAGCGCGCCGAUGCCACACUGUACUGAUUAGAAUGAAUCGUAUAUCGGCAGUCGAGUAUCCACCCGUACGCGAGAUGUUUGGCAACAAUGAUCUCCGAAAGCGUAACGUUCUAUUCUUUACUUGAAAUAAAGAUUAGGUAUUAAAACAAUGUUUUAAAUAAAUUUACGAAAGUUCGGGUAUUCACACGAGAUAUUCUUUGUUUAGUUAGACAAAAACUGCAUAGGUGUAGAUACUAUUUAUUUUAAUAAAUAUUUUGACAGAUACAUUUAACGUUUCUUUGUUUCCAAGUAUACUUUAUACGAUCUCAAAAUGUAAGUACUUACUUGCAUUAAAAAGUUAUUUAACUGAUCUUACUGUUGCCAAAAAAGACAAAUUACUGGCGUAGAUUUUGGAAUUUCUUAUUUAUUUAAUUUAAUAAUUAAUUUAUGAUUACAUUAUUUAUUAGUAGGGUAACUAUUAUU